AUGCUUUCUCCAACUCUAAACACCCACAAGCCUCUCUUCCUUUCAAACCUUAACAACAAACCCCUAUCCUCUCCUUUCAUUAGCCAACCUCUCUUUAUCCUCCACUCCUCUAAAAGCCCUCUAAAACCCACCACAACAGUAUCAGCCACUCUAAUCCCUUCCUCUCCACCUCCUUCUAAUCAACAACUCUAUCAACCCUUUAGACCUCCACCUUCUCCUCUCCCCUCUCAGUACAAGUCUCUUGACACCUCUUCCCGUCUCGAAAUCCUUGCUAAUCGUCUUGGCCUUUGGUAUGAGUAUGCCCCUUUAAUCCCUUAUUUGUUCCAAGAAGGUUUCACUCCUCCAUCAUUAGAAGAAGCUACUGGUAUUUCUGGGGUUGAGCAGAACCGUUUAGUUGUUGGAGCUAAAGUGAGGGAUUCUUUAAUUCAGUCUAACAUUGACCCAGAAAUUGUUGCUUCAUUUGACAUUGGUGGCGCGGAGUUGUUGUAUGAAAUUCGUCUUCUCAGCGCUGCGCAGCGGACUGCAGCUGCCCGCUUCAUCGUCCUUAAAAGGAUGGAUGCUAAGGGUGCUCAGGAUUUGGCCCGCGCCAUAAAGGAUUUUCCUCGUCGGCGCGGGGAAAAGUCCUGGGAGAGCUUUGAUUAUACUCUGCCAGGAGACUGCCUCUCGUUUAUGUACUACAGGCAGUCUAGAGAGCAUAAGAAUCCGUCAGAGCCAAGGACUAAUGCUCUACAGUUGGCAUUAGAGGCUGCAGAGUCUGAAAAGGCGAAGAGUGCGAUUUUGAACGAGUUAGAAGGAGAGGGAGAAGGGAAGGAAAGGAAAGAAGAGGAAUUAGGAGUUGCGGUUCCGGUUCCGGUUGUGAGGUUGAAGCUUGGUGAGGUUGCGGAGGCGAGCAGAGUUGUGGUUUUACCCGUAUGUAGAGCAGAGGAGGGGCAAAGAAAAAUUCUGGAAGCACCGUGGGAGUGUAGUGGCAAGGGUGAGUUUGGUGUGGUGGUGGCAGAGAAAGGGUGGGAAAGAUGGGUGGUGUUGCCAGGGUGGGAACCGGUGGUGGGGCUGGAUAGAGGAGGAGUGGUGGUGGCUUUUCCAGACGCUAGGGCGUUACCAUGGAAGGCGAAUAGGUGGUAUAAAGAGGAGUCUGUUUUGGUGGUUGCUGAUAGGGGGAGAAAGGAAGUGAAAGCAGAUGACGGGUUUUAUUUGGUUACUCUUGACAGCGCUGGUGGUGAAUUUAAGGUUGAAAGGGGUUCGGCGUUGAAGGAAAGGAAUGCGGUGGAGAGUUUAGGGACUGUGGUGCUGGUCGUUAGGCCACCAAGGGAAGAGACGGAUGAUCAAAUAAGUGAUGAGGAUUGGGAGUGA